CUUCUCAUUAACCCGGGCAGGGAGUGGCCGGAGGGCAGCGGCGGAUCACCGGACUGGCUGAGGCCGGGAGCUGGGCAGUGCGGCUCACCGCGCCGCGAUUAGUCCUUCCCGGUUCAGCGUCCACCAGCACCGCCGAGCUGUCACAAGUGCCACCAUGUCCUUCCUGAAAGUAGCGGAGGACUCGGACUUCCCCAUCCAGAACCUUCCGUACGGAAUAUUUUCCACGGCAGACAAUCCUAUCCAUAGAAUUGGUGUUGCCAUUGGAGACCAGAUAUUGGACCUUAGCACCAUAAAGCAUCUCUUCACUGGCCCUGUUCUGUCCUCAAGCCAACAUGUAUUCACUCAGCCGACUCUGAACUCCUUCAUGUCUCUGGGACGGGGUGCCUGGAGGGAAGCUCGAUCCUUUCUCCAGAAACUCCUGUCAGCCAAUGAACCAGCUCUGCGGGAUAACAAGGAGCUGAGGAAGAAGGCGUUUAUCUCCCAGGAUUCGGCAACUAUGCACCUUCCAGCAGACAUUGGAGAUUAUACAGACUUCUAUUCGUCCCGCCAGCAUGCCACAAACGUUGGAGUGAUGUUUCGAGGCAAGGACAAUGCCCUUAUGCCUAACUGGUUGUAUUUACCCGUUGGCUACCAUGGCCGUGCAUCGUCCGUUGUUGUGUCUGGGACCCCCAUCAGAAGACCCUUGGGGCAGACGAAACCCGACGACACAAAGCCGCCUGUGUUCGGAGCCUGCAAACUUCUGGACUUCGAGUUGGAGAUGGGCUUCUUUAUAGGACCAGGCAACAAGUUGGGAGAGCCUAUCUCCAUAUCCCAGGCACAUGAGCAUAUCUUUGGCAUGGUUCUUAUGAAUGAUUGGAGUGCCCGAGAUAUUCAAAAAUGGGAAUAUGUUCCCCUUGGACCAUUUCUGGGGAAGAGUUUUGGAACGACCAUCUCUCCCUGGGUUGUAACAAUGGAAGCCCUGCUGCCCUUUGUAGUGGCCAAUCCAGUACAGGAUCCCACACCUUCGCCCUACCUACAGAGUGAAGUUCCAUACACAUUUGACAUCAACCUUUUUGUUUCCAUUAAAGGUGAAGAGAUGGCUGAAAAGGCAACUGUCUGUCGGUCCAACUUCAAGAACAUGUAUUGGACGAUGAAACAACAGCUGGCUCACCAUACAAUUAAUGGGUGCAAUGUAAGACCUGGAGACUUACUGGCGUCUGGAACGAUCAGUGGCUCUAGCCCAGAGAGCUUCGGCUCAAUGCUGGAGCUGUCGUGGAAGGGAACGAAAACCAUUGACCUGGGCAGUGGGCACAAGCGCAAAUUCCUUCAGGAUGGUGACCAAGUUAUCCUGACUGGUUUUUGCCAGGGCAAUGGUUAUCGAGUAGGCUUCGGGGAAUGCGCUGGGAAAGUCCUUCCAGCAGUUCAGAUGUUGUGACUGAAGACUGAGGACUAGAGCCCAGUUGCCCCUGGGACCAUUGCUUGGUGGAAUUGGUCUUGACUGACUGCUCAUCCGUGUCCAUAUUUACUGCUCAUCUCAUGAUUGAAUGCUGUGAUUUGUAAUGCUUUUAAAACAGGGGUUCCCAACGUGAGAUCCCCGGACCUCUUGUUUAAUGGUACUGAUCCAAGGCACAAAGCAGGUUGGGGACCCCUGAAAACACUAUGCUUUUAAAGAAAAUCCUAAUGAUAUCUUAUUGUGAGGAAGGGAUACAUUUAUUCUCUGCUGCAUUUUGAGCCAAACGUUUCAGAAUUAAUUGUUGUGAAAUGAUGAUAUUAUAAUAAAAGCUGUCAUUAAAAGGGUGAA